AUGCGGCGAUUCUGUCUCGAGAUUCUGACGGUCCUCUGGAUCAUCGCCGUCGCAGUCACUGCUUCACCCCGCGCCCUCCCCGGUGCUGGUGGUGCCCCCCCCUCCAAAGGCAGCACACCAACGAAGGGCACCACGCGAGCCGACCCCGGAUCCUUCGGGCUGUCCGGCAUCGACUCGGAGGGCGACGACGACGACGGCGGCAAUCCCUCAUCACCGAUCUUCGGCGGCGCACCCACCCGCGACGACGACGACAGCGAUCCCUCAUCACCGAUGUUCGGCGACGUGCCGGAUAUCCACAUCGACCCGCACGACAACACGACGUACUACCUGACGCCGUCGGCGUCCUCGUCGGGCCGGUACGUGAACCGGUGGCGCGGCAAGCUCAAGUGUGAGACGUCCUGGGCGUCGCCGACGUUCACCGAGAUCGACCAGAUGGUCUCGCAGGUCAUGCGCAGACCCAACAAUAAGCCGUGCACAAACUACAACGGCAUCAAGUCCAAAUGCUCCAAGUUGGAGAGCGCCAAGGGCGGCACUAUCUCCCUGUGCGGUCACUAUGGCGCAAAUAUCAAUUGCCCCGCCGUCGUACUGGAUCUGCGAAGUGUUAUGUUUGCCUGGAUCAUGGGCGAUUCUUUCGGCGGUGAUAAAAUUGCCAAGAUGGUGACGGGACGGGACAAAGAGCACGGACCGAGAUGCCAAGGUCCGACGUCCGAGGCGAGUGGUAACCAACAGAAUCCUGGAGCUAACGUGAGCAGCGCAUUUGGUGUGCCAGCGGACAAUCUUCGCAUUUUUGAAGGUUGCCAGUGGGGUUCUCGCCGGUCGGAGAACCUCAACCUCUCCAUGAUCCUUCAAUUCGCCGGUUCCGUCGCCCGCUACCUCAAUACGGACGAAGGCGCACUAUUGUUGGCAACCCCGUCUUUCUAA